AUGUUAGACGGAGAACUGUCAAAAUUCUUCGACAUUGAGCAGGGGGUCCCACAAGGUUGCACGCUGUCCCCAACAUUGUUCCAGGUGUUCAUCAACGAUCUGUUGGAAGUCGUAGAGGCAGUCCGGAAGGGAGUAAAAGUANAUGAUUUUGUCGGUAUGUCGGACACCCCUGAGGGACUGCAACUGCAAAUUGACGCGGCGAAGAAGUGUACUGAUAAGUGGAGAUUGUCUGCCAACGUUGAGAAGAGUACCGGAAUCGAGGAGAUUGCAGCAGUGGACCAGUACACAUACCUCGGAGUAGAGAUCGCAAAAGACUGCUCGUGGAAUGCACACAUGUCCAAGGUAGCGGAAAAGGGCAAAGCACGAGCAGGGAAGCUGCACCCAAUACUCGCAAACCGGCACCUCGAUACACGCAUCAAAUUGACGGUUUUGAAGAGCGUGACCGUACCGCCGCUAGAGUACGCCGGAGAUGUAUGGGAAG